AUGGACAAGAUGGUGAGCAAGAUCAAGAGUUUGGAGAAGAAGGUUUCUGGUUCUUCAAGCAAGAAGAAGAAGUCCAAGGCCCCCACUUUCCCUAGGAGUAGAUCACUCCUCACCACUCCAAGGAGGCUCCCUGCCCAAGAGCCUCACAGAGCUCUAAGGCCAGACGCUCCAGCUCGACCACCGGACUCGAUCGAGUCCAAACAGAGGAAACUCAACUCGAUCGAGCUGAGCUUCGAGCAGCCAGCUCCACCAAGGCCAAGGAGCCACACACACUUUGAUGAAGAAGAGGAAGAGAGGAGCCGCAAGCUCGAUCGAGUGAGGAACCCAGUCGAGUGGAGUGCUCCUGAUGGCCGUCUCCCUCUCCAGACCACGACCUAG